UUGGACCCUCUAAAGUUGAUUUAUCUUUUUCAUUUUAAGAAAUCAUCUCUUGAUUAUUUCUUCUUUUCUACUCAAAUAGAAACAGGCAGAACAAUGUCUGAGACCAGCAGGAAUUCAGAUGAGGAACUCCUUGAUGGAGAGAUUGAUGAAGACGCAAUCUUGGCCAACCUGUCCCCCGAAGAACUGAAAGAAUUGCAGUCAGAGAUGGAGGUCAUGGCCCCUGACCCCCACCUGCCCGUGGGAAUGAUUCAGAAGGACCAGACUGACAAGCCCCCGACUGGAAACUUCGACCAUAAAUCCCUGGUUGAUUAUAUGUAUUGGCAGAAGGCAUCAAGGCGCAUGCUGGAAGACGAGCGUGUUCCGGUCACUUUCGUGCAGUCUGAGGAAAAUCCUCAAGAAAAGCAUGAAGAGAUUAAAAAAGGUAUUAAAAAUGUGCCCCAAUUUCUAAAGGAAAAGCUCAAUAGUGAAAUCGUAGCACGUAAAAGAGAUUCAGAGAGCAGUGAUGAUGACAAUGAAGAGGAAGAUGAAGAUGAUGACAAUGACGGAGAUGACAGUGAGGAAGAGAGUGAGGCAAAUACAGAAAGAGAAGAUCAAAGUGAAGCAAAGGACCCUAUCAGAAAUGGUAAGAGCAAUUGCCAAGCAGUAGCUACAACCGCAUCAGAAGAACAGGGAGACAGACCCGAUCCCCAGGAGACCAGUGAGAAAAAAAUAUCUAAAUUAGACCCCAAGAAGUUAACUCUAGACACCAGUUUUUUGAAAGUAAGCGCAAGACCUUCAGGAAACCAGACAGACCUGGAUGGGAGCUUGCGGAGGGUAAGACAGAACGAUCCUGACAUGAAAGAGCUCAACCUGAACAACAUCGAAAACAUCCCCAAAGAAAUGUUACUGGACUUCGUCAAUGCAAUGAAGAAAAACAAGCACAUCAAAACGGUCAGCUUGGCCAACGUGGGCGCUGACGAGAACGUAGCAUUUGCGUUGGCCAACAUGCUGCGUGAAAAUCGGAGCAUUACCACUCUCAACAUCGAGUCCAACUUCAUCACAGGGAAGGGCAUCGUGGCCAUCAUGAGGUGUCUCCAGUUCAAUGAGACGCUGACCGAACUUCGCUUUCAUAAUCAAAGGCACAUGUUGGGCCAUCACGCCGAGAUGGAGAUAUCCAGGCUAUUGAAGGCCAACACCACUCUCCUGAAGAUGGGCUACCAUUUUGAGCUCCCGGGUCCCAGGAUGGUGGUCACCAAUCUGCUCACCAGGAAUCAGGAUAAGCAGAGGCAGAAAAGACAAGAAGAACAGAAACAGCAGCAGCUCAAGGAGCAGAGAAAGUUGAUAGCCAUGUUGGAGAACGGGUUGGGGCUGCCUCCCGGGAUGUGGGAGAUGUUGGGAGGACCCAUGCCAGACCCCAGAAUGCAGCAGUUCCUCCAGCCUCCUGCUCGCCCUCCCAAUGCCCAAGCAGUGCCAUUUGGUCAAAGAAAUGAAACCAUGACAAAGCCCUCACCGCCACCGGAGGGCAAGGCGAGGACGGAUCCCGAUUCCUUCCGCGUGGUCAAGCUCAAGAGAAUCCAGCGCAAAUCGCGCAUGCCCGAAGCCAGAGAAGCUCCAGAGAAAACCAACCUCAAAGACGUGAUUAAAACCCUCAAACCGGUGCCACGGAAUAGGCCUCCGCCGCUGGUAGAAAUCACUCCCCGAGAUCAGCUCCUGAACGACAUUCGCCAAAGCAAUGUCGCCUACCUUAAACCUGUGCAGUUACCUAAAGAACUGGCCUAA